UCGCCUGCGAAGACUGCAGUGAGUCCUCCGUACUGCUGGGACCAGCGAAGGCAGACCGAGGAGUCGGUGCCAGAGACACUGAGAUACCGAACUGUGCGCAGGCAGGACGAGGCCCAUCCCGGAACUCGGCUUUAACAUGCAAGAGCUGACUCUGAGCCCUGGCCCAGUCAAGCUGACCCCUACCUUAGACCCCGAGGACCGGAUGGAGCUGAUCCUGAGUACCAGCCCAGCAAAGCUGACUCUAGAUCCUGCACGCCAGCCAGAGCUGACCCUGAGAUUCAACCAGACCAAGCUAACCCUGGAUCCUGCACACCAGCCAGAGCUGUUGCUGAGUCCCAGGCUAGCUGAGCUGACCCUGGAGUCCACAUGCCACCCAGAGAUGAGCCUCAGUCCUGGCCCAGCUGAGCUUACCCUGGAUCCUGAACACAAGGCAGAGGAGACCCCUGCCCCCAGCCUGGCUGAGCUGACCCUGGAGCCUGUGCACUGCCGACCUGAGCUGCUGAGUGCCUGUGCUGACCUCAUCAAUGACCAGUGGCCCCGAAGUCGCGCCUCCCGCCUCCACUCCCUGGGCCAGUCCUCAGAUGCCUUCCCCCUCUGCCUGAUGCUCCUGAGCCCGCAACCCACACCUGGAGCAGCCCCUAUUGUGGUGGGUCACGCCCGCUUGUCACGGGUACUAGACCAUCCUCACAGCCUCUUAGUGGAGACAGUGGUGGUAGCCCGGGCUCUGAGGGGUCGUGGCUUUGGUCGCUGCCUCAUGGAGGGCUUGGAGGCCUUUGCCCGAGCCCGGGGCUUCCGACAGCUGCACCUCACCACUCACGACCAGCUACACUUCUAUGCCCAUCUGGGCUACCGACUGGGCAAGCCUGUGCAGGGUUUGGUCUUCACCAGCCGUCGGCUGCCCACUACCCUCCUACGUGCCUUCUCUAAGACACCCUGCCCCCAGCCACCCUGCAAGGGGCCUAUCCUAGCUGCCCAAGCUGUCCCAAGGAGCUCCAAGGGACCCCCAUUGCCACCCCCCCCUCCCCUACCCCAGUCUCUGACCACCUCACCCCCUCCUUCACCAGAGCCUCUUCCUCAAAGCAUGCUAGAGACACAAUACCGAGAUCUGAAGGGGUGCCCUAUAUUCUGGAUGGAAAAAGACAUCUGAAGGCUAGGCACUGUCUUUCUGGGAUGCUGGAUUGCCCAGAUCAGUCCCAGCCUCAGCCAACAGGCCAUACUUCAGCCCCCUGGGGACAACCUUAGCCUGUCUAUGUUUCCUGGGUAACAAUGGGCCAGGAGGUGGCUUCAGAGCUUUGGCUCAGAGCUGUCGGUGUGGCUGAAUAAAGACUUCCAUUAGGUA